UGUGUGUGUGUGUGUGUGUGUGUGUGUGUGUGUGUGUGUGUGUGUGUGUGUGCGCUCUGAGCGAGAAAACACACGGAGACUCAUCUCUCGCGAGGAACGACGCCGUUAUCGAAAUCUCUACAAACAACACGAGAAUUCAUCAUUCACAUGUUGUGAAUAAUGUCUGAACAAGAGUUGGAUGAUAUUGUGCAGAUAACAGUAGAGGACUUCAACCAGGAUGCCCAAACAGAAAUGCUGGAAAAUCAUGAUGAUGAUGAAGAAAGGCCUCAGAAGAAAAGAAGGAAAUUAAGCAGCAGCCAGGAGAAUAACAACAAUUGCCAAGACAUAUCUUUUAUUAAGAAUCUGUUGGUUUCAUUCACUGCAUCAAUCACUCAGAGACUAGAAGGAAUUGAGUCAAAGUUACAGGCUCUGGACACAACAUGCAAGGCCCUUGGACGCAAACUGGACAGCAUGAUGCCCUGUGCAAAAAGUCCUAUCCAGGUCCCUAUGGUUGCAGGGUCUCCUCAGGGAGCCACUCAAACUUGGAACAAAGUGCGAUGUGUUGUUCCUCAAACAAAUGUAAUAGUGAGCAGUGAAAACCCGAAGGGCACUAUCCAAGAAGACACUCCUCUGGAGAACCUACUCAGCAACACGGUGGCAAGGAGGCGACAGAACACAAUCUUAGUAAAGGUUCCUGGUCCUGAGGAAAGCCAGGAAGACCAAGAGAGUGGCUCAGAGGCCAGUGACUCUGUUUCCAAUGGUGGAAAUUCCAACACGCCAAAUGUCACACUCAUCACACUGAAUUCAGAGGAGGAUUACCCAGCAGGCACCUGGUUAGGAGAUGAGAACAACCCAGAGAUGCGAGUCCGCUGCCCAGUGUCUCCGGCUGACAUGAUUCACAUCACCUCAAACUGUCGCACAGCUGAGAAAAUGGCCUUGACGCUGUUGGACUACCUGUUUCAUCGGGAGAUCCAGGCCAUGUCAAACCUUUCUGGCCAGGGCAAACAUGGCAAGAAGCAGCUGGACCCGCUCAUGAUCUACGGCAUUCGCUGUCACUUGUUUCACAAAUUUGCCAUCACUGAGUCAGACUGGUACCGCAUCAAGCAAAGCAUAGACUCCAAGUGUCGCACUGCCUGGAGGCGUAAACAGCGUGGCCAAAGUUUGGCUGUCAAGAGCUUCUCCAAACGCACACCUCGUUCAUCUUCAGAGGGGGGCGUGGCAGAAGAAACAGGCCACAUUGAGACCACCACCCCGCAGACUUUGCACUACACACUCGCCAACCAGCAGGUCCAGUUCCACCGCAUUGGCGAGGACGGACAAGUUCAGGUGAUUCCACAAGGACAGCUGCACAUUGCCCAGGUGCCUCAAGGAGAGGAGGUGCAGAUCACACAGGACAGUGAGGGAAACCUUCAGAUCCACCAGGUACAUGUUGGACAGGAUGGACAGGUGCUUCGUGGGGCUCAGCUCAUAGCAGUGGCGUCAGCUGAUGGCGGGGCUACAGCAGUUGAAGGUUCCCCCCUGCCCCCCGACAUCCAAGUGCAGUACGUCCAACUAGCCCCUGUUGCAGAUCACACUGCCGCCGUACAGGCGGCUGAGUUGGCCCCGGCCCUGCAAGCAGACAUGGAGGUGAAAGAGGCCAUCCAGGGUGCCAUACAGGGAGAGAAUGGCGAGGUGGUCCAGAUUGUCACAUCUGUGGCCACAUGAGGACCCUGUAUGGCUCAACAAAGUAUCACAGCAUCACCUAACCAGUCUCGAUUGAACAUAAAGAGGUCAACAACUGCUUACGGUCUGAAAAAGCAAUCAAGUCUGAACGACUUUAAAAAAACUGAUGAGACACAGGGAAGAAGCUUUUUUUUGUUUGUUUUUUUAUUUUCCUCUUCAAAACUUCUCACUCAAUUUGUUGCCAACCAGAUGUCACCAUGUGGAAGUGUUCACACUGAGCUUGAAAAGACCCUGAUGGGCCAAAAAUCAGAUGUGGUCUUUCUGUUGUUUUCAUCACCAGAAGGACCUGGCUCAUCGCAAAAUACUCAGUGGGAUUAUAGUCUAUCGAGGGAGGAUGAUGCUUAUGCAGACCAUCACCCUGCCACUUCAUCAGCAGAGACGCUUGUUUACAUCAGCCUUGGAAAACAGUAGAGUUCCUUGGAGUCAAGAUGCUUGGCUAACUCUCUAAAAACCCCCAUGAGGGUUUGUAAAACCCCUUAAUCCUCACCUCAAACAACCAGUACUUUGCUCCCUCUUUUCCUGUCGUUCUUGUCACAAUGGCCGGCAGUGGAAAGUAGAUUUCGCUAAAGACAGCUAGCUUUGGUUGCUCUUAAUCUGGUUCUCUGUAACUCCCCAUUCUAUCUCUCCAGGCUGUGAUCCCGGCCGCCUUUUACUCCGCUCAGCUCGUUUUCAUGAUGCUUUGUUUGUUUGUUUGUUUGAUUUAUGUCAUUGUAACAUAGAAAGAAUAUUUGGAGGGCUUUAAUUGUGGAGAUAGAAUACCAUGAAAUAGAAGAGAUGGUGCCAGUGGAAGACAUUUCAAGUUUCUUGUAGAAUACCAAGGAAGCCCUGAAGUUGGUUAUUUCCACCCGCUUUGUGUUUGUGAAAGAUACAUUCAUGUGAAUAAAACAUGUUUGUGGUUGCCAUAAAAAAAAAAAAAGUGGUUUCUUUUAUGCAUUGACUCUUUCUUUCCAGCAGCCUGGAUCACCAAAAUAGCUUCAAGGAUUCCCAAGACAUGACAUUGCUUUCAUCCGAGACAAACAGACAAUUGAUGGGAGCGUGAAAUGCACGUUUGGUUUUUGAGGUCGUGUUUUAUGUCGAGUAAAUUUAUUUACUUUUUCUCAAGUAAAUAAGUAUCAUGUCAACUUCACUAACCAUUGGAUUGGACUACUGUAAUGUCAGCAGUACUGCACAAAAAAACAAACAUUUACUGAUCCUCAACAAGGUUUUGGUCAAAAUUGUU